CCCUGUAGUGGGGCUCCGCACAGGCAGGGAGGAAACGCUGCGCCCCUGGGACCCGUCAGGUUGGCCUCCCUGCAGGCAAUUAUCUUCGAAGCAGAUACCCCCUUCUGAACCGGGGAUGUAGGGCUUUGAAGCUAGAAAAUGCUAGGUCUGAAAGAGAAGAAAGAACAAAUCCAGCCACACACAGAGCUCUGUGUAUUCAGAGGGAAGUUGGCAGGGUUGCGCUCGGGCAGAGAAACUCCGAGUGGUACAAAGGGACGUGCCCAGAGUGAAGAAAUCAUGCUAAUUGUCCGCACCAGAGCUGGAGAACGCCACCCAAAAUGAAGAGAGAAAGGGGAGCCCUGUCCAGAGCCUUCAGUGCCCUGCGCCUCACUCCUUUUGUCUACCUUCUUCUGGUCCAGACAGAGCCCCUGCAAGGGGUGAACAUCACGAGCCCGGUGCGCCUGAUCCAUGGCACGGUGGGGAAGUCGGCGCUGCUUUCUGUGCAGUACAGCAGCACCAGCAGUGACAAGCCCGUGGUGAAGUGGCAGCUGAAGAGGGACAAGCCAGUGACCGUGGUCCAGUCCAUCGGCACAGAGGUCAUUGGCACCCUGCGGCCUGACUAUCGAGACCGCAUCCGCCUCUUUGAAAACGGCUCCCUGCUCCUCAGCGACCUGCAGCUGGCGGAUGAAGGCACCUACGAGGUCGAGAUCUCCAUCACUGACGACACCUUCACUGGGGAGAAGACCAUCAACCUCACUGUCGAUGUGCCCAUUUCAAGGCCACAGGUGUUAGUGGCUUCGACCACCGUGCUGGAGCUCAGUGAAGCCUUCACCCUGAACUGCUCUCAUGAGAACGGCACCAAGCCCAGCUACACCUGGCUGAAGGAUGGCAAGCCCCUCCUCAAUGACUCGCGAAUGCUCCUGUCCCCCGACCAAAAGGUGCUCACCAUCACCCGCGUGCUCAUGGAGGACGACGACCUGUACAGCUGUGUGGUGGAGAACCCCAUCAGCCAGGGCCGCAGCCUGCCCAUCAAAAUCACUGUGUACAGAAGAAGCUCACUCUACAUCAUCUUGUCCACAGGAGGCAUUUUCCUCCUUGUGACCUUGGUGACAGUCUGUGCCUGCUGGAAACCCUCCAAAAAGUCUGGGAAGAAGAGGAAACUGGAGAAGCAAAACUCCCUGGAAUACAUGGAUCAGAAUGAUGACGGCCUGAAACCAGAAGGCGAGCUCCCAGCGGCCCACUCGCCGGUCCCGUCCUCACCCAGACCUGCGGGCUGCUGGGAAAAGGCAGAAAUGGGCCACAAAGAGGCCGGCUCUGCAGGGCCCCUUCCCCCACCAACCGUGCGCAGGCUGCAGAGCAGGGAGAGGUGUGGCCAAGCGGACACCCUGCCCCGGAGCACAGAGCAGGAGCGGAAGAACCCCAUGGCGCUCUAUAUCCUGAAGGACAAGGACACCACGGAGCCCGAAGAGGAGCCUGCAACGGAGCCCCGGAGCGCAACGGAGCCCGGCCCGCCCGGCUACUCCGUGUCACCGGCGGUUCCCGGCCGCUCGCCCGGGCUGCCCGUGCGCUCUGCCCGCCGGUACCCGCGCUCGCCCGUGCCCUCCCCUGCCCCGGGCCGGACGCACACGUCGCCGUCCCGGGCCCCCGGCUCGCCCGGUCGCUCGCGCGCACUUCGGACUGCGGGCGCGCGCCUAAUCCGCGAGCAGGAGGAGGCCGGCCCGGUGGGGAUCAGCGCCUGAGCCGCCUGGGACCCGUCCUGCCCCGGGGAUGCCCGAGCGCCGCGGCCGGGGAGGUCGGAGAGGCCACAAAGCGGGACGAGGGGAGGUCCUCGCGGGGGCGCUCGGGGCGCACGGGUCUCGCCGGAGGACAUGGGUGAGCAAGUGCAGAUGGGGGACGCAGAGAGGCGCCGGAGAGUGGUUUGGGGGGAGAAUCGGGUCGCGUUUGAUUUCAGUUCGCUGGCAGAGUUCCCGGUGGAUAUGGGUUGUACCCGUUAGGACCAUAGAGAUCAUUUCGUUUCCGGCCCAGUCCUUCAAGGAUCUUAGGGCAACUAACAUCAGUAACCUAACUCCUCUGACUAUCCCGUGCCCUUCCCAGGGAGCUCUCCCGCUGCCCGUCCACCUCCCUUCCCUCUGAAGGCCUCCGGCACUUUUUCCGGCAAGCCUAAAUUAGAGAGGCCUUUUGCGCAAAACGCACAGCUGUCUAAAUACGGGGAAGUCGGAUGCCAGUUACAGUGUCUACAGGGCGCUGUUCUGAGCCUUCGGAAGGCACUUCGAAGGCGGCGCCUUGGAGCACCCUUCCCUGGGCACCUGGCCCCCGGGUCCUGACCAGCUGCCCAGGGAGGAGCGCAAGCACAUUCCUUUGCCCCCUGACCUGGGCCUCAGCAACAACAAAGGAGUCCAGCCCGCGCGCUCGGCCUCCUUCCAAAGCCUCCCUCCGUGGUACACGCCAAGCGUUCUUCCUGUCGCUUUUCCUAGAGAGAAGAGGAUUCUCACCCACUCCCCUGGCCCGGGCAGCUCGUUGAAGUGAAGGACUGUGUUUAACCCCUCACAGCUAUGCCUUCUUCCUGGUUCCUUAUAAAGCAAGCCUUUCAAACAAUCAUUGCUCCCGGAAAGGCUGUUGGGCUCCCUCCAGCUGUGGGAGAAUAAGAUUUGACUUUCCAGAGCAGUGGGGGAGGAGGAGGCUCACUGCUCCCCAGGACGUCAGGGAGAGGAGAUGCAGCCCUUGGCUUCCCUCCUGCCUGCGCUGCUCCCAGGUACUCAGAUCCCAAGAGGCAGGAGCGGGGCAGGCUCCCAAAUCACACAAACAUCAGAGUAGGGAGGGGUUGGCCACUGGGCAGCCCAGCCAUGCCCCUGCCCAUGGAACAGUUUCCAGAGAGACAAUAAUCCCCUGUGUGAGGAGAGAGGGCAAUUAAAAAGCUGAAAGAGGAGACCUUGUGGGGCUUCUGACCCCUGUUCCCUGAUGCCUCUAGGGGUCCUUGCAUUCUGGCCCCUCCUCAACCUCCUAAGCUCCAGCUCUGACUCUCCACCAUCUCAUAGAGUAAUUCCCGAGGCCCCUGCCCCCUAGUCAGCCCUUCCACCUUUACCUGUCAGCAUGCCUGACCCAGCAGCCCUGCCUGCACGCUUCUCCUGGCUCAUCGGAGCAGCCGUGCUUUCGCAGCUCCCCUCGGUUAACCAGAACUGCCCCCCCAACCUCCCCAGGUGCCUCACCCAGAGAUGACACAUGCAGGGCACAUUGCUCAGGCAGGUGUGAGGUGCAGCGCUUGGAGACGGGGUGAAUGCUGGUCAGCCCUGGGAGGCGGGGGUGGAGGUUAUAGCCUGAGAUGAGACGAGAGCCCCGCUGGACGCCCCGCCCUGCUGCUGAGCUCCUGAGGGCCCAGGCGCAGCUUCCCAGGCUCCAGCCGAGUCUGCCCAGGAUGGGUGGGGGAGGACUGGAGGGAGGGGGUGAGGGUGAGGAAGCGGGUUUUGUUUCUAUUUUAUUUUGUUUGCAUCUUCAUCUUUGUAUUAC